CUGAGAGCAGGGUUACCGCGCCCAUCUCUGCUGUUUGAUGGCCGGAGGAAGAAGCGACUGAGAUCCUGGCGUGAAGGAAGAAAACGGGGGACGACGACGGUGGGAAAGACAAGAAGGGAUUUUGCUUUGAAUCGGAGGUGGCUUUGAAUCGGAAGAACGCUUACACGGAGCUCUGGCACUUCUAUCUUUGUGAACACCACCUCGUCUCUGCGCCUCUGUGCCGGUGUGUCUCCCCCGUCGGCGGGUCGAAAACUGGGUUCGGGGAGUGCCGCUCCUCGGUAGCUAACUAGCUAAAUCUGAGUGCUAGGGCAGAGAGAGGAGAGACGAGGUUUUGCUGUUUCCAGUCAAUGUGAUAUAAACAACGGAUACCAACGACUGAAAGCAGAUCAGCAAGUCUAGGCGGCGGAGCGAAGCACACCAUUAGCAGAGGAAAAUGAGCGAACUGGACCAGCUACGCCAGGAGGCUGAACAGCUCAAGAACCAAAUCAGAGAUGCCAGGAAAGCGUGUGCAGAUGCUACCCUGUCUCAGAUCACAGCUAACAUCGACCCUGUUGGCCGAAUUCAGAUGCGCACUAGACGGACACUGAGGGGGCAUCUGGCUAAAAUCUAUGCCAUGCACUGGGGCACUGACUCAAGGCUUUUGGUCAGUGCCUCGCAGGAUGGCAAACUCAUUAUUUGGGACAGCUACACCACAAACAAGGUUCACGCCAUCCCGUUGCGCUCCUCCUGGGUGAUGACGUGCGCCUACGCCCCUUCUGGAAACUAUGUGGCCUGUGGAGGCCUGGACAACAUCUGCUCCAUCUACAACCUGAAGACCCGUGAGGGCAAUGUGCGUGUCAGCCGUGAGCUGGCUGGACACACAGGUUACCUGUCCUGCUGUCGCUUCCUGGAUGACAACCAGAUUGUCACCAGCUCUGGAGACACCAGCUGCGCUCUGUGGGAUAUUGAGACUGGUCAGCAGACGACUACGUUUGCUGGUCAUACUGGUGACGUCAUGAGUCUCUCUCUGGCGCCCGACACCAGGCUGUUUGUGUCCGGAGCCUGCGAUGCCUCCGCCAAGCUCUGGGAUGUCAGAGAAGGAAUGUGCCGACAGACCUUCACUGGGCAUGAAUCUGACAUCAACGCCAUCUGCUUCUUCCCCAAUGGCAACGCCUUCGCCACGGGCUCAGAUGAUGCUACCUGCCGGCUGUUUGACCUGCGUGCCGACCAGGAGUUGAUGGUGUACUCGCAUGACAACAUCAUCUGCGGCAUCACCUCAGUGGCGUUCUCCAAGAGUGGCCGUCUGCUGCUGGCUGGCUAUGAUGACUUCAACUGCAACGUUUGGGACACCCUGAAGGCAGACCGUGCAGGCGUCCUGGCUGGCCAUGAUAACCGGGUGAGCUGCUUGGGCGUGACCGAUGAUGGCAUGGCAGUGGCAACAGGGUCCUGGGACAGCUUCCUCAAGAUCUGGAACUAGAGUCUGAAGAUGGCAUCCGGACUCCAAAGUUGAGUGGAAGAGCAUUCCAACAUCAAAAUGUUCAAUUUUAUUGCAUAUCCAAUCUUCUCAAAACACCACGAUACUGACUCCAAACACCAUCCCCUUCCCUCCUCCCCCCCAAAAAAACUACCAAGGGCAAAAAUUCUCUCUCCUUCUCAUUUAAAAGAGCACAAUUGUUUGUCACUCACUCAGCUGGAAAAGUAAAUAACUUAAAAUAUAUAAAUAUAUAUAUAUAAAAUUAAAAAAAAAAAGAUUGAGAAAUUCAGUGGUAUGAAAAUGGAACGGAGGGAAAAAUUGUCCAUUCCUCCCGGGACCAUGGUCUGAUAUUGUAGUACGUGAAAAUAUGCCCCCCACCACCACCACCCCACCCCCGCCAUGCAAACAUGUCCAAUGUCCUCAGUACACAGGAUCGAGUGAAGGUUAUUACACGUCAGUGAUCUAACUCUUAAUAGCUUUUUGGCCAUGUUUGUUUUUGUUUAUUUGUUCAUGUUAUUUUCAUUAAUUUUUUUUCAAAGUAGAUCAGUGAACUCUUUGUCAGUUAAUGUUUAAAAUGAGGAUCAAAAGCUUUGUUUUAUCUCCUAGUCUUUACACAUAUUUUAGAGAAUUAUGUUUGUAGGUUGACAAGUAAAAAAUUUGCUGAUGAUGCUGAUGAUCAUGUCAUUUUUAAUCCAGCUUUAUCCCACUGGAGAACAAAAAGAGGAGAGAAUUAAGCUUCAACAGGGAGUCCUCAAGCCACUUCUGGCCCUUCUGUAUAUUUAGUCCCAUGAUACUUUUACUCUUUUUUUCCCGUCUAGUCCACAAAUCUUUGUUUGCACAAGAAUUAAACUUUGCAUAUAUAGAAUAAUGUUUAAAGAAAAAAGUUAACUAACCAAGCACAUGCUGUUUAUUAUGAAUGCUCGUUUUUAAAACGAAAAACAAAAAAAAAACAAAAAAAAAACAAACCAUUUUAACCAUUCUUUCACAUUUUUGUCUGGCGCCAAUGUAGAAUAAUUAAAUGAAGAUUAACCCAUCAGAUCAUAUUCCCCCCCCUUUCUUUUAUUUUAUUUUUGUUCUCCCUGUUUUCUGUUGCCCAUGGUUGGGACCGGUGAUGUGAUCGGGUCGGGUAGGGAGUCCCUCCACUUUAGCCUGGUUUCGAUCCAGACUUUUCUCUUUCGACAGAGGUGCCCAUUCCGUGCUUGGAAAUGCAGUUACUGCUCUGUGAAUGACAUGUUGUAUAAAUCAAUGUUUGAAAAUAAUGAUAUUGAAACUUUUUAAGUUAAAAACGAAAAAAAAAAAGAUUUUGGUUGUCUGCCAUGGGUGGGUAAACUCUUAGAAUCGCAUGCUGUAGAAUUGCUUAAAAAAGGUGCAUAUGGAAUUAAGUCCUUUGAUGUUUUUCUUUGAGAAAAUAACCUGUUGAAUAUAUCAUCAUUACAAUGGUAUUUAUAUCUUUUUUUUUUCUUUCUUUUUUUUUUCCUUUUUUUUUCCUUUUUUUAUUUUGUGUGUGUGUGUGUUCUUGGCUACUCUGUGCAUACAUGAUUCAAUUCAAAUGUCAAAGCUAUGCACUUGAGAAGCAAACACCGCAACAUAAACGGUUACUUGGUCCAUACUUGGGAGGGAUUCCACAAAUUAAGAAGUAAUGUAAACAUUUGAAAUGUACACACAUGCAUACACACAUUCAUAUACAUGAAACAUACACAAACUCAAAUGGAACAAAUAAAUUUUCAUUCCUUCUGUAGCAAACAAAAUUCCACUUACAAAGAAAAGAAACAUUUUAUAACAAACAGGUUUUUUUCUGUCCUUUAAUAAAAAAAAAAGAAAAAAAAAUCUUGCAGCAUCUGAAUGGCAGAAUUUUCUGUUGUUCCCUUCUACUUGUAAACAGAGACGCUCUUUCUUUAGCAGUAGUGGCAUUUUUUCCAUUCUGUUUUUUCUCUGCGACAUUCUGUACAAAAAAAUGUGCUGUAAUUGUGCGUUAGGCCUGGAGUUGGCAAAAAAAUAAAAUAAAAAAUAUUAAAAAUUAAAUUCCCUUUCCUUUUCUCUCUCUCUUCAUGAAAUAACUGUAGAGCUCUGCACCCCCACUGUUCCCUUUUCACCUUUUGUAUUUAAUUUUAAAGUCAGUCAGUGUACAACCGAAAGCUGGAUGCAAGAUAGAAACUAUAUUAAAAUGUACUGUUAUUUAAGAUGUAAUAAAAAGCAGUUUGAGAUGACCUGCUGUGUUGAGUGUCAUUCACUUAGAGCGGUUACCACUGAGGCUAGAAUGUUGCAAGCUGUUCGGUUCUCUUGUAAUUAUGUUCAAGUCAAAUAAACAAUUUCUUAUCCACUGUUAAA